AAUGAACGACUACUGUGAUAAACGUGGAUGAGUAGAAGAGAAGAAGGGUAGUGGAGUGAGAAGCGUCAGUCGUCAGUCGUCAGUUGUGCCGGGAUGAGUGGCUGUGAAGUAGAUGACUGUCGAUGGUUGUUGUUAGCUGUUGAAAAAACGCAGCUGGUCGUGUGAAACGCAGCAAUCUGCCGCAUGGAGAGCGGCUGCUCGGCCCCACGAUCCGAUUCGCGUCCCAGAAAUCACCAGAAAUGGAUUUAGAGCCAGAUCUGACGUCACAUUACUCAAACUUAAAUUGUACACCUCCAGCAAUAGAUGACUUUCCUAGAGAUAUAUUCACCGAACAACAGAGGAGAGAAGGAGCGGUAGCUGUCCACUUCAUCUUCUCUCUUUAUCUUUUUUUGGCACUUGCCAUCGUAUGCGAUAAGUACUUCGUUCCAGCCGUCGAAAAAAUAUGCAAAGCAUUAAAUAUGUCGAAGGACGUGGCGGGAGCGACGUUCAUGGCGACGGCGACGUCUGCGCCGGAGCUGUUCGUGAACGUGAUUGGCACGUUCAUCACUGAGGGCGACAUCGGCGUCGGCACCAUUGUCGGCAGCGCCGUCUUCAACAUACUCGCCGUCGCCGCCUGCUGCGGCAUCGGAGCUGGAAUGGUAGUACCUCUACAUUGGUGGCCACUUACAAGAGACUGCUUAGCAUAUGGUGUUACAGUCACCAUACUUAUUUGUAUAAUCCACGAUGAGCGAAUAGAGUGGUACGAGGCGCUGAUUCUGGUGGCACUCUACACCGUCUACAUCGCCGUCAUGUACUGGGACAAGACCAUCCAGAAGUGGACUCACAAGUGCCUCAACCUCACGCCCAGUCACACCGACAGUCCUGCCAUUUCUGAGGCUGCUGACGUGCACAUGAAUCCGCAGACGGGCAACAUAACGAUUCCAUCGCAACAGAAUGGCAACGUGGUCAAGAGCCCGUCAACCGAGGUACAAGUGGCCGAGAAGGUGGAGAAGGCAGAAAAGCCAGCCCGACCCGACAACAAUGUCGAGAAAUCGUCUGGAGCUUGGUCUGUGCUGAGUUUCCCCUAUGGACGAGGAUGGUUCAGAAAAGUCAUUUGGAUAAUUGGCUUGCCAAUAUCGAUUUUUCUAAAUAAACACUUUUCUAUAACAGGUGACACUUUGAAGAUACCAGAUUCAGUGAUGGGAAUAACGUUCCUGGCAGCUGGAACUAGUGUUCCUGAAGCAGUCUCCAGUGUAAUUGUGGCCAAGCAAGGACAUGGAUCAAUGGGAAUCAGCAAUUCGCUGGGCUCAAACACGUUCGACAUCCUGCUGUGCCUCGGGUUGCCCUGGCUGAUCAAGGCCUCGUUCCUGCCCACCAACCCUGGCCACCAUUUUGUCGGCAUCAACUCACGGGGUCUCGAGUACAGCGCCAUCUCCCUCCUCUCCACACUACUGCUGCUCUACACAACCUUUGCCAUCAACAAGUUCAAAUUGGAUAAAAAGGUUGGCUAUGCCUGCUUAUUGAUGUAUCUUUGUUUUCUUAUUCUGGCCUCAUUAAUAGAAUUGAAUGUGUUCUUUGUUGUGAACUUGCCGACGUGUGGACGGUGAACGGAUGUGAGUGCUAGUUACUAACAUUCUACUUUACCAAUGGUAACACAAACUUUUCAUCAUUUUUAAUGAAUAGUAACAAAACUAUUUUGUACCUUUCAAUAAAAGACAUUUUUUUAUUUUAGGAGAUAAUUGCAAUUUAUCUCGAAAGGUAACAAUCAUUAUAAUUAAUAUUAAUGUGUUAUUUUAGAAGGUAUUAGUGGAAUGGCACUAAUGUUAUCGUCGUUAAUAUUCAUCAGUAAUCUGUCAGACAAUGUUUGAGGCAAAUUUUGCUGAAUGAUACUCUACCACAGUUCAUCGAAUUUUCAAUGUGCGUCAUAGUAUCGUUUCAUGAAGAGGAACUAUAGAUGUUUGAUUAAACUCUGAGAAAUAAGUAACUGAUGCUUGUUACUUAUAAAAUUCGAAUCAGAAGUAUCUCUUAUAAAUCAUUCAAUGAGUCUUAAAGAUUGUCACAUUGUGUCUUAUAGAAUUGUUGAAGUAAUUGAUCUUUGAAUACUUCCAGAUUUCAAUAUUCAGUCUUAGUGAAGAUUAAUUUCAAAAGUCAGACAUCGCUACAUUUCCAAUUGGGUGAUCUCAGAAAGAUUUCAUUGUAAUGUUAAUAUACCUGGAGAAAUAUUGUUCAUUGUGAAGAGGAAGUUAUUAGUAAUUUCUUUGAGUAGUUUCUGGUUGUUUAUUGCGAAAAUGAAAUUAUUGUGGUGCAACAAAAUUUCUCAAGUCUCAAAGACUUGACAAACAUUACUGAGAGCUCGCUUGUAAUAUUUUCCAUGAUUAUCACUUGAAUGGUUUGAUUUUUUCCUCAUAUUUUUAUCACCACUUGAUAAAAUGUUUGAUGUUUCAAUCAAUUGGUUAUAAAAUAUUACAAAGGCAAUUUGAUACUUUAAAGACACAUUUAUUUCUAUUGUGACUUCAUUAUUAGAAAACUUUGAAAACUAUUCAAUUUAAUUUCAAUGUAACAUUGAUAAAUUCUGGGAUCUAUUCCUGAAUGGAUUUAGAACCCUUGAAAUUUGCUUUUAUCCGAAAUCAUUGUUUUGAAGAGUAUGUUUAUUUGGUUAUUAAACACAUGAAAAGAGGGUUUUGAAUUUUUAUUGUUAUUGUUGAUUGUAAGAAAUUAAGGUCUUUAGAAAAUGUGAAUAAUUAAAUUAUUCAAAUUACAGGGAAAGUAUGAAAUUCUAUUUUAAUUUUACACUGUAUAAAUAAAAGCAGCUUUAAUACGAAUUUCUGCUAGGACUUGUGUGUAUUUCACUCGCCAGAAUUUAUUUUUAUUUUGGUUUUGCUCUCUAACCUAUCUUGCUCCAAUAUUGAAUUUAGACUACAUUUCCUAUGUAGUUGUCAAUACUUAGCCUUCAGCAUUUUAAUAAUCAUUUAGAUUAACUUAUUUCUAUUGUGAUUAGAAAUAAUUCUAUUAUUUUAAGGAAUAUAAUAAUGAGAAAUCUUAUGAGUGACUUUGUAAAAUAAAUGACUAUAUGUUUUAUA